AAAGUACGACAAGUUCGUCUUUGUCUUGAACAUGGCAACUGAAGGGUAUACAUAUAUGGAACCAUGAUGUGAACGAAAAGGAACGGAGUAUCUCAUGCCGUACAUCCCUGGUUCAACCGGACAUGGACCCAUAAAUACCCUCAACGCGUGCCCCCGUGCGUUCCCGCUUUCUUUCCCCAACUGUUGCCUUGGGUCCCGUAAUGCACGCUCUUUAUUUCGCCGCUGUCGUGGCCGCCGUUCACUUUGGCACCCUGGUUGGUGCACACAAGUAUUCUAGAUCCCGUCACCACCUGUUUGCACGCACACCUCAGUACACGACCAACAAAACCUACACCGUUCAGGAUUUCUACCAAGCGGAAGACUUCUUCAACGAGUGGACUUUCUUCACCGGUUCAGACCCAACCGGUGGAAAUGUUGCAUACCAGAGCAUGUCGGAUGCCACCUCCAAAGGCCUUGCUUACGUAGAUGACUGCGACAACUCGACUGUCCUUGCUGUCGAUUCCACCAGCUCCAUUCCAGCAGGUGGUAACCGCCCCUCUGUUCGUAUCACGUCGAACAAGAGCUACUCUAGCGGUCUCUUCAUACUAGAUGCUGCCACCAUGCCCGUUGGUUGUGGUACUUGGCCUAGCUUCUGGAGUGUUGGACCAAACUGGCCUUACGCUGGAGAGAUUGAUAUCGUGGAGGGUGUCAACAACCAGGCAACCAAUCAAAUGACGUUGCACAGCGGCACUAGCUCUGCUUGCACGAUAGAUACCGCUGUCAACACCAGCACCUCCGAGGCAUACACCGGUCAUGUCCUGGGUACAAAUUGCUACAGUACUCCAAACGCGGAUGCUGGUUGUGCGUUCUCUGACACAGAUACUCGUUCCUUCGGGUAUGGCUUCAACAAUGCAAAUGGUGGUGUAUUCGCCCUCUUGUGGGACACUUCCCUUGGUAUGUCUAUGUGGCACUUUGCCCGCUCGGAGAUCCCUUCGGAUAUCACCAACCGUGCUCCCAAUCCCUCUAAUUGGGGUGUACCUGCUGGCUUCUGGUCUUCUCAGACCUGUAAUAUUUCGGCCAACUUUUACCAGCACUCUCUAGUCAUCGAUACCACCAUCUGUGGCAAUUGGGCGGGAGGCGCGUACUCCAGUUCUGGUUGCCCCGGCACUUGCUCUGCCAUGGUCGCAAACGCGACCAACUUUGCUAACGCUAAAUGGAUCAUAAAUUACGUUGCUGUCUACCAAUGAAGGGCCAUAUCAACUAUUAUACCCGU